AUUUUCAAGAUUGGACAAGCAUGUAAUAUUCUAUGAUCAACAAAGAGCCUUAAACCCUAGAGCUUCAUCGCAUGGCGCAGUCGCAUGUCGGAUGUUUCCAGCCGCCGAACCGUAACCUCCUUCAUCCCGCGUCAAGUGAUGCUCGAAAUGGCCACCAACGCAACCGCCGCCGCCUCUAAGGAUGACGACUUUAAGAAGAAGAAGAAGAGGAAGGACGAGAUAGUGACGGUAAUGGAAAUUGAGAACGAAGGGAAGAAGAGCAAGAAGAAAAAAUCUUCUAAGAUUUCCAAUGGCGGUGGUCACGUUUCCGACUUGAUUGAAACCCCAGCAUUGGAUAGGCCGAGCGGCGAUGCUAUAUCCCUGAAAGGGAAGGGGCGUGAAAGCCUCCUAAGAUCCAUCGCAGCGUUUCUUGAGAGCAGUGGUUUUGCUAAGACGCUCUCGGUUUUUCGCUUGGAAGCGCAGAUCGAGGUUAACAAUACAGGAGUUUCUUGUUUUAACCUGGAGGAUUCAUGUGACAAGUUAAUUGAGUUGAGUAAUAUAUAUCCAAUUGCUAGCGUAGACUGGUCAAAAGAACAAGAAAAAUUAAUUGUUGAUGAUUCAGAUGUCCAAACUAAAGACAAAAAGAGAAAAAUUAAGCAAGUCUCUGAUUCAUUUGGACAAGAAAAUUCUAAAAAAAAUUGCUUGGAUACAACCCUUGGAACAGAAGAAAAUACUGAUCAUGAAAAGCCUUCGAAGGUAGAAAAGAAAAAUAAACAUAAGGUGAUGCUUGAAGAAUGUAUGGGCGAAGUAGCCUGCAUAAACUGUGAAGUGGUUGCUAAGGAGAAAAUUGAAGAAUCAAAUGGUUUGACCAGUAAACCCAAUGCUGCAGCAAGUGAUAUUGAGAAAGGGAAAGGUGAGAAGAAGAAGAAGGAAGCUAAGCAACUUCUGGAGCAGAGUGAAUUGGGUGUCAAUCAGAAAGAGAGUACAAAAAAAUCCAAUGAUGAAGCGGCUUAUGCCUCCACUGAAAAGAAAAAGAAACAUAAGGUGAUACCUGGAGAAAGUAUGGGCGAAGUAGCCCGCACAAACUUUGAAGUGGUUGCUAAGGAGAAAAUUGAAGAAUCCAAGGAUUUGACCAGUAAGCCUAAUGUUGCAACUGGUGAUUUUGAGAAAGAUAAAGGUGAGAAGAAGAAGAAGAAGGAAGCUAAGAAACUUCAGGAGCAGAGUGAAUUGUGUGUCAAUCAAAAAGUGAUUACAAAAAAAUCUGAUGAUGAAGCGGCUUAUGCCUCUACCAAACAUCAAGAAUCCGUGAACUCGGAUAACUUAGUCAUUGAUCUACAAGAAAAUGCGGACAGAAGCAGAAAAGAUGAGAAGAAAGGUAAGAGUAAGAAAUUAGAGAACACUUCUGAUGUUGAAACGACAACAAACAAGAAGAGGAAGAGGUCUUCAUCCAAUGAAAGAGCAUUAGACGUUGCUGAAGAGGAAAAGGAAACUUGUGAUCAUAAAGCUUUGACUUGCAGCGAACCAUCACAGCUCAAUCAGGAAUUCAAAGAACCUGCAAAGAUACUUUCCAGUGUUGUCUUGGAUAAGCUUGAAGAAAAUGCUAACUUACAGAAUCCUCAGAAGAAAUUGAGUGAAAAUCAGCUUGCGAAUGGGGGUAUUGACGAGCAUCAAAAGGAAGGAAGCUCUGUGCGGAAGUCAAUGAAAAAGGAAAAGCAUUUUGAUGAGCCAAAAGCUCUAAAUGCAUUUCAAAGAGUAAAAGUUGAUGAAGUCCAGUUUGCUAAUGAAAGGCUGCAGGACAAUUCCUAUUGGGCUCUGGAUGAUUCAGGAUCUGGUUAUGGUGCAAAGGCUCAAGAAGUUCUGGGUCAAGUUAAAGGAAGGGAUUUCAGGCAUGAGAAGACCAAGAAAAAACGGGGAUCAUACAGGGGAGGGCAGAUAGAUUUACAAUCACACUCCAUAAAAUUCAAUUAUUCAGAUAAUGAGUGAAGUGUAAAUUUUUAUGCCCAAAUUUGAGAGAAAUAUUGAGUCUAAUUUUGUAAUUUUGAGAUUUGUGAGUUUGGCUGAGCUCUACAUGCGUCAGAUUUGUGUAAUUUGUGCUAAAUUAUCAUUGUUAUUUAGUCAAUAAUUAGACAUGGACUUGAAAUUUUGAUGCAUUUAACAAGUUUCAGAACA